CCUUUAGCUCUGGUAACUAAAAUCUCUCAACGUUCUUCAUCCUCUGUUUGGUUGCCGAGAAAAUUCUGCUUCUUCAGUCCUGCGCUUUUCUUGGCAACUCAAUCUGUGAAAAGUUAUGAACUACAGGUUCCAGAACCUCCUUGGAGCUCCGUACCGAGGAGGCAACGCCGUAAUCACCAACAACACCGAGCUAAUCUCACCGGUCGGUAACAGAGUCUCCGUCACCGACCUCAUCAAAUCCCAAUCCAUAACCCUACCCGUCCAGUCUUCCUCCAACAUCUCCCGAAUCGCCGCCUCGCCCGACGGCGUCUUUCUCCUCACAGCCGACGACAACCGCCGAUGCCUCUUCAUCAACCUCCGCCAGCGCGUGGUGCUUCACCGCAUUUCCUUCAAAAACUCCGUCAAUGCCAUCGAAUUCAGUCCCAAUGGGGCGUUUAUCGCGGUCGCCACGGGUAAGUUGGUUCAAAUUUGGCGCUGUCCUGGUUUCAAGAAGGAGUUUUUUCCGUUUGAAUUGGUUAGGACUUUUGCUGAUUGUGAUGAUAAGGUUGUAGCAUUGGAUUGGAGCCCGGACUCGAAUUAUUUGCUUAUCGGGUCAAAAGAUUUUACUGCUAGGUUGUUCUGUAUGAAAAAAUUGAAAUCAGGCGGGGUUAAAAGGAAGCCAUUUAUGUUUUUGGGUCAUAGAGAUACAGUUGUGGGUGUGUUUUUUGGAAUUGAUAAGAACACGAAUAAGGUAUGCAAUGUUUAUACGGUUACCCGCGAUUGUUAUGUGUUUAGUUGGGGUUUGAGUGACAAUGAAGGUGAAUCUGAUGGAAUGGAUGUUAAAGAGCCACCCUCACCAGGUACACCGGAUGGGGAUGCUGACGGUGAAGUUGAAGGUUUUGGAAGUGGUGAUUUGAAGAAGAGAAAGGGUUAUGAGGGCAGGGAAGGUGACUUGGAUGAAGAAGGUGGGUAUUUGCGAAACAGGAAAUGGGAGUUGUUGGGGAAGAACAAUUUUUUGCAGUCCCAGGCGAAGUUGACAGCAUGUGAUUAUCAUAGGGGCCUUAAUAUGUUGGUUGUUGGGUUCUCAAAUGGUGUAUUUGGGUUAUAUCAAAUGCCUGAUUUUGUGUGCUUGCACUUGUUGUCAAUAUCAAGAGAGAAAAUUACCACCGCAGUUUUUAAUGAACUUGGAAAUUGGCUGACAUUUGGGUGUGCGAAACUUGGACAGUUGCUUGUGUGGGAGUGGAAGUCAGAGAGUUAUAUAUUGAAGCAGCAGGGGCAUUACUUCGAUGUGAAUUGUCUUGCUUAUUCACCAGAUUCGCAACUGUUAGCCACUGGAGCAGAUGAUAACAAAGUCAAGGUCUGGACUGUUUCAUCAGGUUUCUGCUUUAUAACAUUCUCUGAGCACACUAAUGCAAUCACCGCACUCCAUUUUAUGGCUAACAGCCAUAGUCUCCUAAGUGCCUCUCUGGACGGGACUGUUCGUGCAUGGGAUUUGUACCGUUAUCGAAAUUUUAGAACAUUUACCACCCCUGAAACUAGGCAAUUUGUUUCACUGGCAGCAGAUCAGAGUGGUGAAGUGAUUUGUGCUGGAACCCUUGAUUCCUUUGAGAUCUUUGUUUGGUCUAUGAAGACAGGCCGUCUGUUGGAUAUUCUGAGUGGCCAUGAAGGUCCAGUUCACGGUUUGAUGUUUUCUCCUACAAAUGCAAUUUUAGCUUCAUCAUCAUGGGACAGAACAGUUCGGUUGUGGGAUGUUUUUGAUGGAAAAGGUGCCGUUGAAACAUUCACUCAUACACAUGAUGUUCUUACAUUGGUUUACCGUCCAGAUGGAAAGCAGUUGGCUAGCAGCACAUUAGACGGUCAAAUUCAUUUCUGGGACCCGAUUGAUGGUUUAUUAAUGUAUACCAUUGAGGGCCGUAGGGAUAUUUCUGGAGGUCGUCUUAUGACAGAUCGUAGAUCAGCUGCCAACUCAAGUUCAGGAAAGUUCUUCACAACCUUAUGUUAUUCAGCUGAUGGGAGUUACAUAUUAGCUGGAGGAAGUAGCAAAUACAUCUGCAUGUAUGAUGUUGCUGAUCAGGUGUUGCUGCGGAGGUUUCAAAUAACUCACAAUCUAUCUUUGGAUGGAGUUCUUGACUUCUUAAACUCAAAGAAUAUGACAGAUGCUGGACCACUGGAUUUAAUUGACGAUGAUAACAGUGAUAUAGAAGAAGGUGUUGAUAAACAAACCCGGGGAAAGUUGGGUUAUGAUUUACCAGGAUCCAUGCCUAACCGUGGAAGGCCAGUUGUUAGAACAAAAUGCUUGAGAAUUGCCCCCACUGGUCGGAGCUUCUCAGCCGCAACAACAGAGGGAGUUCUAGUUUAUUCUAUUGAUGAUUCUUUUAUCUUUGACCCAACUGAUCUUGACAUAGAUGUCACACCUGAGGCUGUUGAUGCUGCACUCAAUGAAGAUAAAUUGAGCAAGGCUUUAAUCCUCAGUCUCAGAUUAAAUGAAGACAGUCUAAUUAAAAAGUGUAUUUUCAAAGUUAGUCCGAUAGACAUCCCUGCUGUCGUCUCAUCAAUUCCUUACAGAUAUUUGCAAAGGUUAAUCGAGGCAUUAGCAGAUCUUUUGGAAAGUUGCCCGCAUGUGGAGUUCAUUCUUCAGUGGUGUCAGGAACUCUGCAAGGUUCAUGGUAACUCUAUUCAACAAAACUUUCGAAAGCUGCUUCCUGCUUUAAAAUCCCUACAGAAGGCAAUAACAAGAACACAUCAGGAUUUGAAGGAGACCUGUUCUUCCAACGAAUAUAUGCUUCGAUAUUUAUGUUCAGCAAGCUCAGGGAAAUGAAAAGCAUGGCAACACUGCUACACACCUCGACAAAAUUUUCAGGGUAAAAGAUUACUGUUUUCAUUGCAAUGUGUGAAAUUGAGGCUUGUGACAAGAACUGCAGUUUGUUGCUUAAAACAUCAUCCGUGCAGGAAAGUCUUGCAGUCGUCGCAGGCGGUAUGUAUUUGUGGCAUCAGUUAAUGUUGUCUCUCUGGUAGUUAAAAAGUAGAUUUGUCUUGAAACAUUGUCCGACGCUAAUAGGCAUUCAUCGUAUGAUCUGAUACCGAUCUGCAGUUUUUCUGUACUAUAUUGACAAAGAGAGUUGGUCCUGGGGAAAUGUAUGUCUUGAAGUUUUCCUUUUUCCCUAGUCCGCUUUUGGUCUGCUUUUGUCUAUGUAGAGUUUGGAAUGAUAUGAACAAACGAAAUUCGUUUCAAUUGCUUUUGCAUUUUCUUGCGAAGAAUACGCA